GAGAGAGGGAGAGAGAGAGGAGGAGGAGGAGCCGUGUGUGUCCACAGUCUCCCAUCUCCUUCGAUCUCCUGAAUCUGCAGUCCAUUAACCCGGUGACAUUUAACUCUGCUCGCACUGGCCGGACCCCGAGCCCUCCCGUGCUACAAGGCAGAAAGGAGAAAAGCAAGCUGAGGAGGAAGCGCGCGACGCUUAUUUCCUCAUGUGAACUGACAGACUGCUGAUCCUGGUGAGAGAACAGAACAGCACAGCAACCAUGGGAUCCUCCUCUCUCUUCCUCUCCUCCCACCUCUCCCUCCUCCUCCUCCUCUCCCUCCUCCCCUCUCCUGUGGUUUGGGCGGACCCCGGCCUCACCGUCUCCACGCGGCAGGGGGAGGUGCGGGGGGUGCGGCUGCCCGUGCCGGACGGCGGUCAGGUGACGGCAUUCCUGGGGAUCCCAUUCGCCGAGCCCCCUGUGGGGAGGCGGCGCUUCCGGGCGCCAGAGCCCAAGCGGGCGUGGUCGGGCGUGCUGAACGCCAGCACCUACCCCAACGCCUGCUGCCAGCCCGUGGACUCCUCCUACCCGGGCUUCCCCGGCACCGAGAUGUGGAACCCCAACCGGGAGAUGAGCGAGGACUGCCUGUACCUCAACCUGUGGGCCCCCGCCCCCCCUGCGCCCCGAAACCUGUCUGUGAUGGUGUGGAUCUACGGCGGCGGCUUCUACAGCGGCUCGUCCUCGCUGGACGUGUACGACGGGCGCUACCUGGCGCACGCCGAGCGGGUGCUGGUGGUCUCCAUGAACUACCGCGUGGGCGCGCUGGGCUUCCUGGCGCUGCCCGGCUCCCCCGACGCCCCCGGCAACGUGGGGCUGCUGGACCAGCGGCUCGCCCUGCGCUGGGUGCAGGAGAACGUGCGCUUCUUCGGGGGGGACCCCCGGCGGGUCACCAUAUUUGGGGAGAGCGCGGGCGGGGCGUCGGUGGGGAUGCACCUGCUGUCCCCGGGGAGCCGGGCCCUGUUCGCCCGCGCCAUCCUGCAGAGCGGCGUUCCCAACUGCCCCUGGGCCACGGUGAGCGCGGGGGAGGCCCGGCGCCGCGCCGCCCUGCUGGCCCAGCUGGUCAACUGCGCCCCGGGCAACGACAGCGAGCUGGUGGCCUGUCUGCGGGCGCGGCCACCCGAGGAGCUGCUGGCGCAGGAGUGGCGCGUGCUCCCCCACAGCAGCCUGUUCCGCUUCUCCUUCGUGCCCGUGGUGGACGGCGCGGUGCUCCCCGACGCGCCCGACGCCCUGCUCCGCUCCGGCGACUUCGCCCACGUGCAGAUCCUGCUGGGCGUCAACCGCAACGAGGGCUCCUACUUCCUGCUCUACGGCGCCCCCGGCUUCAGCAAGGACAACGACAGCCUGAUCUCGCGGCGCGACUUCCUGGAGGGCGUGCGGCUGAGCGUGCCGCACGCCAGCGACAUCGCGCGGGAGGCCGUGGUGCUGCUCUACACUGAUUGGCUAGACGAGGACGACCCGCGCAAGAACCGUGACGCCAUGGACGGCAUCGUGGGCGACCACAACGUCAUCUGCCCCCUGCAGCACUUCGCCCGCUCCUACGCCCAGAGCCACGCCCAGGCGGGCGGGGCCGGAGGGGCGGGGGCAGGGAGGGGGGACUCUGCUGAGGGAAACUCCCCAGGGGGCGUGUACCUGUACCUGUUUGACCACCGUGCGUCAAACCUGCCGUGGCCAGAGUGGAUGGGCGUGAUCCACGGCUACGAGAUCGAGUUUGUGUUUGGGCUCCCGCUGGAGAGGAGGCUCAACUACACCGCCCAGGAGGAGCAGCUCAGCCGCCGCAUGAUGAGAUACUGGGCCAACUUCGCCCGCACCGGGGACCCCAACCUGAACGCGGACGGCACCACGGACGCGCGGCAGAAGUGGCCGGCCUUCACGCCCACUGAGCAGUGGUUUGUGGGAUUGGACACGGAGCCGCUGAAGCUGCACCGCGGCCUGAGGAACCAGCCCUGCGCGCUGUGGAACCGCUUCCUACCCCGCCUGCUGGACAUCACUGGGAAUAUUGAUGAGGCAGAGCGCCAGUGGAAGGUUGAGUUUCACCGUUGGAGCUCCUACAUGAUGCACUGGAAGAGUCAAUUUGACCACUACAGCAAGCAGGAGCGCUGUACAGACCUCUGAGCAUGUGUGUGUAAACAAGAGCACUGCACUGACCUCUGAGUGUGUGUGUGUAUGAGAGAGAGAACAUUCAUGUUGUUCUUCAUGGUCCUGCAAACUUUAUAAUUUAAGGAUUUAUUGUUUUGGUCUCUGAGUGGGGCCCAUCUGUGUCCAGUACUCUGUGCUUUAUCAGUGUGUCUGUUCGCUGAUGUGACGAAGAUGAUGAUGCUCUUCUCCCCAGUGGCGCUGUGUUUGUGUGCAUCUGUUCACUGAGUGUAAGUGAGCACGUUCUCCCCAGAGUAAGGCAUUAAAACUGAACAAAAAACACAUAAAUAUUUAAAAUAUGUGAAUAUGUGCUGAAUAUAUUUUGUGAAUAUUUGCAUACUGGGUUUUGUCUGACAUUUUUGAAUACAGGAAGAGCAUGAUUCUUGAAGAGAAUGAGCAAAACGUGUGAGAGAUGCCUUUCCGAGAGAACGAGUGUGUGUGAGAGAGAAUAAGCCUGUGAAAGAGAAUCAGUGUGUGAGGGAGAUAGAGAAUAAGUGUGUAUGUGAGAGAGAAUAAGUGUGUGUGUGAGAAAAAAUGUGUGUGUGUGUGUGUGCGUGCUUGUUGUCUGCAUCCUCUCUGAGCAGCUGAACCCUUCUGGAACAUUCUCAUUAAACUGACUGACACCAUCA